AUGUCUUCAUUAAUAAUAAGUACCUGCUAUAUUGGUAUCUCUGGCAGAACUCAACAAGGUGUUCAAGAUUUUAGAGGAUUUCUGUGGUUGAUGUGUUCUGAAGUAUCUUUUAGUGUAUCCUACGGUGCCUUGUACGCGUUUGAAGCAGACUUGGUUUUGUUUAAAAGGGAAAUUGGGAUUUAUAGAACCUCCAGUUUCUAUGUUAGCAGGUUUUUAAAUUUUAUGCCGCGUUGUAUAAUAUGGCCGGUAGCGUACGUAGCUGUAGCAUCGCUAGCGGUAGAGCUUCCAAACCAAUUUAUUACAGCUUUAAAGUUCGUGCUCGCACUCAUUGUGACUGCUUUCGCCUCUACUGCUUUUGGACUUGGUAUGGGAGCCUUGUUCAUAUCAUCAGGUAUUAUGGGAGAUAUUAUGCCAUGUGUAGAUCUUCCUCUCUUCCUGAUGUCAGGUGCUUUCUUGCGAAUAUCUUCCUUGCCCUUGUGGUUGUAUCCAUUGAAGUAUUUCUCCCACUUUUACUAUGGGUUAGACGCCUUAAGCAAUAUAUAUUGGCGACAAAUUGAAUGGAUUGAUUGUCCAGUCAAUACAACCUCAAUUUGUCUCAACAAUGGAGCAGCAGUGUUGUUAGAAAACGGAUAUUCAAACAACUUUGUUAUAGAAGAUAGUUUGGGAAUUUUAUUGGUUACUAUCGUAUGGGGUGCUCUAGGGUUUUAUGGCUUGAAACGAGAGGCAAAUAAAGGUUAUGCGUAU